AUGAGUAAAGCCAAGCGCAAGGUAACAGUGGACGCAGGAAAGCCUGUUCCAGACGAAGGCGAAAGAAGAAAGCCCAGUGUCUUCGAAAGACUGGGUCCAGGUGGAGCAAGAAAGCCGGCGUUCACCGAAGAAUCAGAUAGGAGAGAAAGAUACUAUCAAAAUACCCAAGAGAAAUGUCGGUACUGGCAGCAAAAUGAGGAAUGUCCAUUUGGUACCAAAUGUAAAUUUUCCCAUGGAUCUUUCAAGAAGGGGAAAUCAUCAAAGAGAGAGGAUGACAGCUCUGAUGAGCCAAGACCACGGGGAAAGAGUCGUAGGGAAAGAACAAGUGAUCACAGUGACAAUGAAUCUGUAGAAAGGAAAAAACGUAGUAAGUCGAGAAAGGAGAAAGAAGCAAGAAUAAAAUCAGCCAUUGUUGUUAAAAGAUCCCGUGGAGGGGACAGUGACCUUGAGAGUGACAGUUCAAGUUCUUGGGGUCAAGAAGGGGAGGCCUUGACUGGCCUGGACUACAAGAAGGAGCUGGAACUGGUGAGGCAGAGACAGAAACUGAGACAGGAACUUAGCCAGCUGGAGGAUACAGAUGAUGUCCGUGAGAAUCUACACAUUGAGAGAGAGAUCAGCAGCAGUGACAGUGACGGGAACAUCAACGUGGAACGUGGGCGGACUCACAAGAAAAUGUCAAAGUCACCCAGCAAGAAAAAGGACAAGAAAAAACACAAGACCUCCAAAUCUCCUGCACACAAAGGGAAAGCUCUUUCUCCAAGCCCCAAGGACAAGGCCAAAAGAUAUGAUGAACCAGAAAAAGAUUCAAGAAAAAAACACAAGAAAAAGAAAAUGUCUUUGGAAAAAAGAUAUGCUGACUACUCUGAUGAAGAACCCCCUGAAAUAGACACUGUUAAGUCUAAGAAAUUAAAAGUGGCUAAAAGUUCAAAGGUUAAGCAUGCAGAGCAAAGGCCAAAACUUAGCUUCCAGUCUGAUGAGGAAUUUGAUGAAGAGUUUGUCAUCAAGAAAAACAGACAAAAAUCAUGGUCAAAAUCAGUAUCAAGAUCUCCUUCAAGGUCACCCACAAGGUCACCUACACCUGUAGCUGGUUAUGACCGUGGGCGAUCCAAGAGAACGCCUUCAGAUUUUGAUCGAUAUGAAACAAACAGAACUCCUUCACCAGAGGUGAAAAAAUCGAAAAAGUCUAGUCGAGACCAUGCAGACUAUGACACCUGGGAGAGAGAUAAAGACAGGGAACCAAGUCGGGAAAAACCACGCCACAAAAUUGCACAAGAACGCGAUGAUCUGUCCCCAGAACCUCGGAAAGAAAGGAGGACACAUUCUCCAUCUGAAGACAAGAGGGAGCCAGAGGAAAAACACAUCAAAAAGAAGAAUAAAAAAGAACAGAAACAGAACAAACAUAAACAGGAAGCAGAAAGUCGUAGUGGUUAUUAUUCAGAUGGUGGAGGUUCUCCAUACAGUCAGGAGAGGGCAGCACCAUCUCCAGAACGUAGUCGUAAAGGAAAGAAACAUAAGGGAGAUCAGUCCAAGGACCGAGGAAGUACAGGACGAGAGAAGGACAAUCGGCGAGAUAUGUAUGAGGAUCCAGAUAAAACUGAAUCACCAAGAGAUUACAGGGAACAACGUAGUAAAGGAUAUAAAGAUCGUGGGCAGAUUGUUAGUCCAGCUUCUACCUCACGUGACAAGGAAAGACAGGGGAGGUCACUGUCAAUUGAACCACCAUUAAAGACAUCAGAGUCACGUAGGGACUAUUCGCCAGAGUCACAAAGGUCAGGCUCACAGUACCAAAGGAAUCGCAGAAAUAUGUCUCCAGUGGACAGACGCCGUGAUGAGGAGCGUUAUGAGAAGGAGAAGGAUGUAGAACGUUCACGUGAAGGGCGGGGCAGAGAGAAGGAUGAUCCUCAUCGUGAUCCUAGGGCGAUGUCCCCAGAUGAUCGUAGAUAUGGCCGGGGCCCACCACCAGGAAGACCAGAGUUUGAUCCUCGACAACAGGGCAGGAUGAGCAGGUAUGAUGAAAGAAGAGAGCGUUAUGAUGAAGAAAGGUUCCCUCCUCCACCCCCAAUUCCCCCUCAAGGUGAUGAUCGAGGCCACUAUGGACCAGGUAGGGCACCAUUUGAACCUCCUAGGGGUCGUCCAGAAAGUUACGACAGGGAGCGUGAGAGAGAUCGAUACGGCAGAGAAUAUGGACAACCACCAGACCCAAGAUACGGACCAGUUCCAAGAGGACAGUAUGACAGAGGUCACCCUGACUAUCGACACCCGAGAGAACUUCGUGAUCCACGUGAUUCUAGAGAUCCUCGUGACUUUAGACCAGAACCGCGAGAACAUAGAGGAGACAUACAAGAUCCCAGAGUGGACCCUCGUGAUCAGAGGGAUACUAGAGGUGACACGAGAGAUAUGAGGGAUCCUAGAGAGAACAGCUGGGAGAGAUCACGGGGUCGUGGGUCAUGGACCUCACCACAUGGUCCUCCUGGAGGAAGGGGAGGAAGAGGAGGUCCCCCUCCACCACAAAACUAUGGUAGUGGAAGAGGAAGGGGUAGUUUUGGUCCAAAUGAUCGCUAUGGAAACGGCAAAGGACGAGGGCGAUAUGAUCCAGGCCAGGAGCGUCAGAGUCGUCGAGGUGAAUGGGAAAACCAACGACGUGAUGAUUUCUUCCCUGGGGGCGAACGACGAGAUUGGAAUGAGAGACGAGGGGAGGAGAGACGUGGUGACUUCUCUCGUGAGGAUGACCGCAGAGGCGAGGACAGGACAGACGACAGAGGUUUCAGGAUGGAAAGGAGAGAUGAUCGUAGGGACAAAGACGGAAUGAGAGAUAGACCAGACGAUCGAGAAAGCUCGCGUGGGGGUCGCUAUGGUGAUGAUCGUAGAGGACGUGAUGAAAGUAUAGAAAAACGUGAAUUUGAGCGGCGAGACCGUGAUGGUAUUACAGACUCAAGACAGCGUGACAGAAAGGAUCAGUCGCAAGACCGAGACAGGCAGGAUAGGGAUGGAGAACUAGCAGAUAAACCUGUGAAACAUGAGGACAAUGAAAAGGAACGUGACCGAAUAGACAGUCGAAGAUCUGAACAAGAAAAGGAAAAACAGAGUGAUAAUGUGAGUUCUGAUGAUAAGUUAAGAGAGACUGCAGAAGGGAAAGACAAAACAGCUGAAAAACGAAGAUCUGUGGAAAGGACAGAGAAAGUUGAUAGUGGUCCGGAAGAAAAGAGAAAGAACAAAAAGAAGAAAAACAAAGAGAAAGACAAACCAAAGAGUCCUUCAAAGUCAAAGAAAGACGGAAAAGGCAGCGGAAAGAGAGAAGAUACAAAAACAGGGGAGAGACAAGGGGAUGGAGGAGAGAAAGACAAGGGGUUUGAGGAGAAAGAAGAAAACGUUGAUGGGAAGAAAACAGAUGAUGAAUUCAUUGAAGGAAAGACUGCAGAAAAAAGUGAUGCAUGGACAGAUAGUAUGGAUAAUAAAGAUACCUCAGAAACAAAAGAUUUCAAAGAUUCUAAGGAUUCUCGAAAGCGUGGUCUUGAUGAGGAAGAGAGGUCAGUAUCUCCAGCACCUUCUAGUAAACGAGUGCGUGACACAUCUCCGGCCAACUCCCAGCGCAGUCGUGGCAGUAACGGAGAACAAGACAGAGAUAGGUCACGAGGUCGUAGGCGUGAUGAUAGGGAUUCUAGACGUGGCGAUAGGUCAAGGCCACAUAGUAGGGAAUCUGACCGAGAUCAAUACCGUGAGAAGUCACAGGGAUCAACAACAAGUCGAAGGGAAAGACGACGAGACAGAAGUCCAGAAGCCAGAGAUUACGAGAGUAAAAGUUUUAGAAAAAGGUCAAGGUCUCCAGACUACAGACAAGAGGACGCGAAGGACAAUGAAGAUGACAGAAAAAAAAGAAAGAUCACGGAACAGGAGGGUGGGGAUUCAACAGUUGUGUCUUCUUCAAUGGAGGGAAGAUCAAGAGGCAAUAGAGGCGAUGAUCAUCGGUUCAGCGACUGGACUGAUGAUUCCGGAGAUGACUUGCUAAGCCAUAAAUCACAGUUAGCCUCAGGGGCAGGAGAGAAAUCACCACUAAUGGGACAGUCAUCAGAGGUUUGCUCAGCAAUUCCAGAGCAUGUCCGUAAUGAAGGACGUGUCCGUAGCAACAGCCGCAGCAGCUACAACAGUAAACACAGUGAAAAAGGUCGUAGACGGUCAUCACAAGAUCUAGACAGUAAUAGCCCAGAUCCAGCAAUGUCACGGGACCAAAGUCCAUCUGGACCAUCACAUGAUCGCAGCCCAAAACAAUAUUCACGUGACCGUAGUCCUAGAAGAAGGUCACGUGACAGAAGUCCACGACGAAGGUCAAGAGAUCGCAGUCCAAGGACAAGGUCACGUGAUCGCAGCUCAGGUCACAAGUCACGAGACUGUAGUCCAAGUGCGAAGUCACGUGAAGGUCACAGCCCAAGUUUGGUAACAGAAGAUCAGGAAAAAAGGGACGACCAUCUAGAACGACAAAUCAAGUCUCAGCUGGAUGAUCAAAAGGACUCAAACCAAUCACAGGAGUUGUCACAAAUGUCACAAGAUAAGGACCAUCAAUCUGGAGAUGAUGAAGAGGACAGAAUGUCUUAUGAUGAGAUAUCCAGUGAAGAAGAGAGCAUCAUCGGUGAUGAGGAUCAGAAGGUUGUCGGUAUGUACAAACCUCCAGGUAUUGUGGACGUGCUUCAGAUUGAUUUCUCCAGCUUCAAGAGUGACCCUCUUGUUAAACCAGUGGCAGGCUCUGCUCUCAACAAAUACAAGCCAGCAGCCAUCUUGUCUAAGUUGGGUGUUUCACGUGCCUUUGCUGGUGACAAAUUAUUCAAGAAAGUGGAAUCUUUCUGUCAGGAAAAAGCUCAAGACGAGGAAAAAGAAGCUGAAGAUGAUAAAGAAAGAAAGGCUAGCCCAGAAUUUCAUUGGCACAAUGAUGUAGCAAUGCUUCACUUGAACGAGGUAACACGUCAGCAGGAGAGAGCCACACUGAUUCACAGCAUCGGACCAAACCGCCAUGGACUGUGUGCUCGCCGUGAUCUCGAUAUCAGACGACAGCUAUGUAAACUAUACAAGAACCCAGAUCACCUCCAUUCCUAUCACACACCAGUGUUCGACACAGAUCUUUGUAAACUCAGUGUUCAAUUAUUUAAGGAUGCAACGUCCGUGAAAAUCAGGGAGGAUACUGUGUGUGAACCGACAGACGUAAAAACAGAGGUCCCAUGUCAAUGAUAACGUAUUAUAGGCUGUCUGUGAACUGACAGGUGUAAAAACAGUAUGUCAGUGAUGUCAUAAAAUACACAUCAGUUAAAGUCCAGGAUGCUUCCUGUAAACCGACAGACAUGAAAACAGAGUAUGUCAGUGAUGUCAUAAAAUACACAUCAGUUAAAGUCCAGGAUGCUUCCUGUAAACCAACAGACAUAAAAUCAGAGUAUGUCAGUGAUGUCAUAAAAUACACAUCAGUUAAAGUCCAGGAUGCUUCCUGUAAACCAACAGACAUGAAAACAGAGUAUGUCAGUGAUGUCAUAAAAUCUACAUAAGAGGGAACAGUUUGAUGAAUAUUUGAAGAAGAAAGACAGCAAUAUUUCAGUCAUUUUAUACUCGUACUUGUUAUUAUAAGUUAAUGAAGAGUAUUCAGAACCUAUAUGGUCUAAAAGAAUUUUGAUACAUGCAGCAUGUAUUUGAUUAAAAUCAACUGUGUUUUAUUAAAAUAUGAUUGCAACAGGACAAGUU